ACUGCAGUUUAUUAGAAAAUAAAUUGCAACUCAACAUGUCGACGGAACUGUGCUCAAAAAAUGGAAUACUCAUCCGGAUAAUGAAAGUGGAAGACUACAUGAAGGUGAAGGAUUUCAUGGGAGGAAAUUUCUACAAUGGAGAACCUCUAUGCGCCUCUUCAGGCGAAGAUGUGCAGAAAUGCUGUGAGAAGGAAAACGAUGAAUACCACAUCUCGAUGAUAGAACAAGGCACCUGUCUUUUGGCACUCAACGAGAACGAUGGAGGUCGCAUAGUAGGCCUUGUUCUGGCCGGAGGCCAAGUGCCCAGUGACCUGGAGAAGCAUCGCAAAGAAGCAGAUGAAAUGGAACAAAACACAUGGGGACGCAUAGCUGUAUUUCUAUCAAUUGUCGAACGCAAAGUGAAUAUCUUUGAGCGCUACGGAAUUUCCAAGCUUCUCUACUCCCAUAUCACGAAUGUGGCUGCAUCAAUGCGUGGCCAGGGAUUAGGUGGACGUCUUGCUAACGCUCUAAUCGAGGUGGGCAAAUCCAAGGGCUUUCCUUUGAUGGUGGCCUAUUGCUCCAGUUUCUAUUCGGCGCGCCAAAAGGAAGCCUUGGGCAUGGAGUGUAUCUACCAACAGGCCUAUGCGGACUAUAAGGAUGAACAAGGUCAAGUGGUGUUCAAGCCAGCAGCCCCUCACACCCAUCUACGUAUCAUGGCCAUCAAACUUUAAAGAUAUUGAUUAUAUUAAGUGUCUUUUGUUGAUAAGUUUUAAGUGUCACUUAAUGUUCAAAUUUAUUAUUGUAGAAUAUGUACAUAU